AUGGAGGAUGAAACCGACUCAACCGCAAAUCACAACAUCGACAUCUUUCGCGAUUGUGUCUCUGCCGUUCUAGUAGAGCGGCUUUCUCAGAGAGCCGAGUCAAAAACAAAAAAGAAAAGAUCCUCCAAGCGCAACUCUCGUAGAAAAUCCACCACUCACCAGCUCUCAGAUCCCGAGGUCGUUGCCGGUGCGGGGUCCGCCGAGACCGUCGUCACCACCACGGCUCCGCAACCAGAACCGCAAAACGACGAUGCUGAGGAGCUCUCCGAGUUCAUCGGAUACGUCGCCGACACCACAUUCGACCUGCUACCCCGAGAGCUGCGGCUCCUGACCCACCGCAGCUGGACCGAGGACCCCUCCCUGGCCGACCGGUACAGCCUGCCCCUGACCGGGCCCAGCCUGACCGCCGUGCUGCCCGCCGUGGUCGACCCGGACGUCUCCACCGCGUUGUCGGCCUACGGCGACCCGGAGGACCUACUCGCGCCGGUGGUGACGGCGUACAUCACGACGGCGACGGCCGCGCCGGUCAAGGUGACACGCGGGCAGGCGGACGAGUGCGAGCUGUGCGGUCGCGACUGGAUCCAUCUGACGUACCAUCACCUCAUCCCGCGCAUGGUGCACGACAAGGUCCUCAGGAGGGGCUGGCACCGCGAGGACGAGCUGCAGAACGUCGCCUGGCUGUGCAGGGCCUGCCACAACACGGUCCAUAGGUUCGCGUCCCAUGAGGACCUCGCCAGGCACUACUACACUGUCGAAUUGCUGCUGGAGCAGGAUGAGAUUGCCGCCUUUGCGCAGUGGGUUGGAAGAUUGAGAUGGAAGGGAAGGUAG